AUUGUCCAUAAAGAUUAUAUAUUGACCAUUUUAUUGAUGUGUUCUCUUUCCAUCGUCGCCCUUAUUAACGAACCUUGUAUGAUCUGUUGGUACUAAAUGACUACUGUGAUAUACCCUUUGAGUAGUUAUAUGUAGCUAGCCGUGGCCAGUUCUAAUCUAGGUUGGACAGAUGUUGGCGAAGGUUCCUUGUCUUACAUCUCAGAAUUUCAGUAGCAGCGCAAUAUGAUAUCUUCGUUCUCCAUUAUUAAAUCUUCGUCCCUACCUACCAAAAUGCCUCAUUAUUUGAGGCAAUUAACAUACUAGCUUUAUUUUUUGGACUCGUUCAGUUCCUUAGGCUCAUUUGUAAUAUAAGACUGGUUGUAUUCUUAAUUAUACAAAGUAAAUUAAAGAAGAUCCCUUUAAAUCCAACUCAGCAGAGUUGUAAGCUGUUCUUUAGUGAUGCAGCAGGCUCGUGGUGAUGAUUUUGCAGUUCACAAGAGUAAACAGAGAAAUAUGAGUUUUUACAAUAGCAUACCGCCAAGUGAAAAGCCAGGACUUUAUCCUGCUGGAACCUUUCCUACAGCCAGUUAUGCUCCCUCUCAACCUGCUGGAAUGCCACCUGCAGCAACACCACAACAGAGAUUCCCAUCAGCUACUCAACAAUAUGCAAUGCCUGCAGGUGCUGCCACACCCUCAUUGUACACUCCAAGUAAUGGGUAUACACUAAUGUCUCCAGCUUAUGCUUCAUCUCCUGCACCUGGAGCAUUUCAUUCUGUUGGUUACUCUUCUCUUCCUUCCAUCCCAUCGACGACUCCAGGUUAUCCUACCGCCCAGUAUCCUACUACAAACUUCCCACCAACUCAGUUGCCAGGAAGUAGUGCACCAUACCCAGGUUUGCCAGUCAGUAGCCAGUUGUAUACAGGAAGUGGGGGUUAUAGUCCCCUUCAAAGUGUUCAACCUAGAGCCUACACCAUGCCACCAAUGGCAUACCCAAGUACACUUGGCACAAACCCUACAUACCCUGGUGCUCCUCCUUUUGGGCCACCAUAUUAAAAAAGGUGUCAAUAGCAGCAGGUGGCUAGGACUGAAGCUUAUAUAUGUUGUAUAGACCUACUGCAUCUGGUGUGUUUGUAAAUCUGGGCCCUUAUUGGCCUAAGUUGAAUUUAAUUCUCAUGUUUUUAUGCAAACAAGGCUUCUUAUGUAUCUUAUACGCAAGAUAAGGGACUAAACUUAUCAGGUACUCUUUGGUAGACAUGGUGGUAACCGAAGUGCAACAGGGAAG